AUGCUGUUCAACAAAUCCUCCUUCCUGAAGGGUGGGCUAGUGGCGUGCGCUGGUGCGGUAGCGCCAGGCGGAGCCUCCGUCUGUCCCGGUGCAACGGGCGAACGGCAAAGGUUGCGCAAGAUGAGUUCACUGCUUCCGGUGAAGCUUACCAGGCGGCGGUGCUAUUUGUGUCUCAAAAUCGCCGCGCUGGUCGUCGUGUUCGGGCUUUACUUUAUGCUGCUGCUCCGGGAAUCGAUGAGUGCCCUCACGGCGACCUCCUCUUCCUCAUCCUCCUCCUCAUCGUCAUCGUCAUCGUCGUCGUCGUCGUCGUCGUCGCUGGCGUCCGGAUCUUCCCCGUUUUCUUCCUCUUCCGCCGCCGGGAAAUCAUCAUCCUUCGCGGCGCUUUCGUCACGCGGCAUCGGAGCGAAGGUCAACGGUGGUAGCAAGCUCGAUCCGGCGCACCGUUAUGGCAAAGGAAAGCAGCAUCAUGCGUCCGACGAAGGACGGGACGGCAAACACCGCUGGCAAUUUCCUCCGCUGUUGGACUCGCGAACGAACCAGGGAAAGGACUCCAAAGCGUCAGCGACUGGCACGAUGGGGGCUGCGAACCAUUCCACACUGAAUCCCGUCUACGAGUACUCGGACGAGAUGAAUGCCGCCGCCGAGAUGGACUUUAACGAGCGGCGCAUGAUGCUGUGGAAUGUGUGCGCCGAGCAUCGGAUCAUCGGGAAGUAUCCGCCGAAUGCGUGGGAAUUUUUCAUCUCGCCCGGCCACGGCAUCGCCUGGUGCAACAUCUUCAAGGCGGCCAGCAGCACCUGGAUGUACUACUUUAACAUACUCGGUGGUUACAGUGUGCCGUACCUACAGCAUACGAAAGCAUCCCCGAUCGAGUUGGCCCGCAAGCGAUUUCCCCGACCGACCGCCAACGAGCUGAACGAUUACAUCUCCAACACCAUAUCGUUUUUGAUCGUACGCGAACCGUUCGAGCGGCUACUAUCGGCCUACCGGAACAAGCUGGAGGGUUGCCGGAAUAAGUUCUACAAGCUGCUGGGUGAACAGAUCGUGAAGAAGUUUCGUAAAGUCAAUCCAGUGAAGGGCGGUAAAACUCCACACGGCCCAACGUUUCGGGAGUUUCUACAGUUCCUGGUCAGCCACUAUCGCUCGGGCGGCCGGUUCGACGAACACUGGAGCCCGGUGUACUCGUUCUGCACACCCUGUAGCAUCAACUUUACGCUCAUAGCCAAGAUGGAAACGUUUCAGCGGGACAGUGAGUACAUCAUCCGGCAGGCCGGACUCGAGACGCUGCUUCUCAACAAGAUGCCCCGCUACAAGGCUCGCUGGAUAACGAAUCGAUCGACGAGCGAUACACGGAAUCUCAUUCCACGGUACUUUGCACAAAUCGACGAAAAGCUGCUGACGGAUGUGCUGGAGAUUUAUCAGCUGGACUUUGAGCUGUUUGGCUACAACAGCACCAAGUACUACAGCUACGUCCAGUCACCGGACUACGGUUAGCGCACGACCAGGCGAGGACAUUUCGAUUAAAUUACCAAACAAAGACUAAAAAUGCUGGCAGUGAACGUUUCCACCACAAGGGGAGGCACGAUCGGGGCGAAUACGUAGAAGCCCCAAACUGUGGAGUGUACCUUUGGAGGAAUAGGUUUUUUUUAGGACAGUUCCAAAAAGAUGAAUGUUUUCCUUAUACAAAACGUAUACACAUAUGGUAGUAUAUAGCAUAUAGCGACAUUCAACGAACCUUGGGAGCGCGAAAGAGAGAGAGAGAGUGGUAGAGAAAGAGAAAAAAAGAGUAUGUGUGGUCGAAAAUAGCUAUCUUUUGUCCAAUAUUUACCAGAGAAUUUAAAUUGUUCGUUGGCUUACCGUUUGGCUCACUCCCACAAGAGAAUUGCUAUUUUUUCCAUCCCAAGGGGAGGGUUGCAAAAUCAAUGGACAAGGAAAGCGCAAUUACAAUACACCGAAACAUUCAACCGACUGUACAAGGACUAAAUCCCACCAUUGAUAGUUUUUUUUUCGAUGGUUUUCGAACAAAAGCAACAAUACGAACAAAAAAGAAGAAGAAAACAAGGCAAAACAUUUCGUUGACGAGCUUAGCAAUUUGUCUUAAAACUUUUCACCACCGUCGAAACCAGGUGGUCCGUCAGGCCCACUCCUGAUGAGAGAUAGAACACAUUAGCUGUGGAAGUAGAUAAUUAGCUAGCACUUUAUCGAUUUGUUUCUAAGAAACAAUAUUUAAAUCAUUCUGAAAAAGUUUGGUGCCCGAUUUUCUGUUGCGCUACGAAGAGCGGUUUAGUUUUCCCAAAGUAAAACGAUAGGAAACAACAAAAGACACCGACAUUCCCACGGAAAAACGAUGUAAUGAGAUUUAAAGUGCCAAAAACAAAGGAAAACACACACAUACAAAUGAUCAUUAGGAUGGAAAUCUGUGUAUCUACUGAUCCUCGCACAUGAUCCUUAUCCGUGUUUAUGUAGUUUAAUAUUGUGCCAGCACGCGUAGGACAUUUGUAGACGAUACACUCUCUCUUGGCGCAGAAGGCACUGGAAUGGAACCGACGUAGAGCAGAAAAUUUUUUUUCCACGAACGAUUGUAGGGUAGUCGGGUAAACUAUUGCGUAAAACCACAAGAAACUUCUACACUACUUGUGGUAACUGUUUUUCUCUGUUAGGCACUGUUAUGUUUAUCGUUCGUUUCGAGGUUUUCCUUUUCGGUCGCAAAAACGGGGGUCCCUGCCGAGCCGAUGGCCGAACUAACUAACAAUUAGAAUUGAAGAAUGUUUCUAAGAAACCUGGAUCUGGUUCUUAUGAUCACACGAUCGAUCGACAUUUUCCCCAGAAGAGUAGCGUCUAUUGUUUAGGGGGAGGAUCGUAAGGUCUGCGCAACACACCUAGGAUAGUGGAUAUAUUUACACCAACCAAAUCAACAAACCCGGAAUGUCCUGUUUUGCACGCGGCAACGGACCGAUAUUAGAUAAACAUUUGCGAAUAAUUGUUUGAUGUUACUUGUGCGUGUGUCAUGUAUUAUAGGGAAACAUAGUUUAAAGCACAAUAGAAUAUAUAUAUAACAAAGACGAUAACGGUGAGACAAGUUGCAAUAGAGAAGAUCGGAACGUUGGGGGAAUACGAGGAGGAUGAGGGUCAUCAUAAAGCACAGAAUAGACUAACACGAAGGGCACGUACGUAGGGUGUAGCGGCAACCGAGGACGAUUUUUAUAAACAUAUUAAACGCGUUCGGCAACAAAACAAAUCAAAAUUCUAAAUUUUGACCCAUGUACUUGAUUUAAGUUUUUUCCUACUUUUCCAAACCACGAGCCCACGCCGUUUCGGCAACCCUCUUGUGGCUGGAGCUGCGCAGUGAAAAGCUCCUCACAAAGCGAUGUUCGAGUCUAACGAGGAACGUUGGGGAAAAACUUCCAAAAUUUUGGAUUUGGAAACCACGAAAUGGAAGCAGAUAUGAACGGCAAGAGACGUGAGAUGCUAGAGAUGGCUGCCCAAACGGGAGCAUAGAACAGAAGGAAACCUUGAUGCUAGUGAAUAUAUAAACCUUAAAAAUAAAUAUACAUAAAUAGAUAUACUAUAUAUAAAGUAAAAAAGUUCAAUCCCCUAAUAAAUCGAAUGUAAAAUAAAUUUAACAUUGUCAAAAUGGAAACAUUAAGUGAGUUUAUCAACAUUAACCAGCGCAAACCCCACAUAAAGUGAAGAAACAUCCACACAAAUGAUGAAAAGAAAGCAAUUUGCGUUUAACUCCCCCCACUGGAUUGGUGUGAAAGGAGAAAUUAAUAUAAAAAAGAUAAUCUCCCAUAUAUUUCACCGUUUGUAAAUCUAUGAUCUAUCUGUCGUUGUCAACUGUGUACCUUUGAUAUUAACAAACAUACAUCCAAGAAGAAGCAAAACCAAGUAUAUAAAUUAAACGAAGACAAAGGAACUACAAUACGAAGCGAUUCAAAUUGAAGAAGUAAAAACAGAUCCCUUCCCUCAUAAUACGGAUAGUGAAAAAAUGCAUAAACACUACACAACUAUAUUGAACCAAUUAAGAAAACACUACACAUGAUUGCAAACCAUUCAACAGGAAGAACAACCCAAAGUACUCUAUAGUAUGAAAUUUGGAAGGUAAAGAAUAGAGAUGAAAACACAUGGUACCCAAAGCAAGGACCACGAUCACAACGUGUGUAUCACGUAAAGAGCGAGCGAAAAAAAGGUGUUUGUUUGAAUAUGCUGGAAAUAAAACGGCAGUUUGCUGAAGAUGAUUAUUGUUUCGUAGCGGAUCGCCGGAAAGGGGAUAGACUGAUACAAUAAAACCGAUCGAUGAAUGGCACGAUGUUUGCUUCGUUCUCCAUUAUUAUUAUUAUCAACAGA